AUACAAUCUCGACCGCCACGAUGGCUAACAGAACUAGUAAGAGAGGUCUCUGGCAGGGGGUUGUAUUGAAGCUGGGACCCUGUUGCUAUUCGAAGGCCUUAUAAAGAGAAGGAUGGCAAGAGCAUCGCUGCAGUCAGUCAUAUGGUGGCCCCCACACAAGAAUAUCCUCCUCUUCUGGACAUGGAACUGAGAACAAGUAUAUGGAUAUGUGUGAUUUUAUUUGUUUUGCUCAUGGAGUCACAAUGCACUGGAAAGCAAACUCUACCAUCGAAAAACUGGGGACCACAGUCAAAGAUGUACCUCCAAGGAAAAUUUGGCAGAAGGCAUGAACCAGAAACCCUUGAAAAUGUCUAUGAGUCAGAGAUAAGCAACUUGUUCACCAUUAUCAAAGGAUUCCAAAAACUAAGAUCAGUGGACACCAGAAGCCCCAAAAUAUUCACAUCUGAGAAUCUAAUGAUCCAUUAUGUUGACUGAAAGUGUGAUGUGCGACUGCUUUGUGACAAUACGUGUAUGUUAUUCGCAGCAGACAUUGAUUUACUGAUUAUGUUGAGUGUCACAUUUUAAUGUCACAG